AUGGUUCUGUCAUCCAAUAAUGGAAGUGCCUCUGGCUUUACCAAGAAGUUCAAAAAAACAGACUUGAAAAGGAAGAAGGAAGAAAUAGCCAGAAAUUCGUCGGAAAAUAAAGAAAAACAACCUGAUGAUAUCAUUAUACCUCCCGACAAUGCUCUUGUUCAUCCCAAGGACUGGUAUCGAGCGUUAGCACCAGGAACAUUGGUGUGGAUUGGUGCCGUUCUUAAAGAGUGGGUUUUACCAAAACCGUUGGCCAAGGCUUCUAAGUACUAUCACUUAAGUAUUGUGGACUUUUCACCCUUUGAACCCAUGAUUCAAGAACUCACAACUGUCCCAUGUAUCGUUGUGCCGCUGCCUUCUCCUAAAAAGCUGGUAAAUAUGUCAACAUUUGACAGAUUGUUCUUGCACUCUUACAAAUCUACUUGUGCAAACAACCAACAGAAAGAAUUGGACGACUCUCUGGCAGUGUCAGUUACAGAAUUCAAUGGGACGCAGACAUCCCAACCAAGUUCUUCAACGUCUAUUGCAGAAGUCAAUGGGACGGAAGCUUUCGAACCAACUUCUUCAACAUUGUCUAGUGAGGACGGUGACAAGCAACCAUUGUCAGAAGUAAUGGAGCCCACAAACAAGAGGAAGAAAGGGAACAAGGGAAGGACAACGUCCACACGCGCAUAA